UUAAUUUUCAAAUGUAAAUACAAAAAAAUUACCAUGAACCCUAUUCCCAUUGGUCAUUCCCUACAUUCACCUCUUUAAUCAAGUUUCUUCCUUUGUAUUUCUACUUCUCUUUCAUCUCAUCUUCCAACCCUUCAACCUCUCUUCUGUUGUCUUUCCUCUUCUCCUUUUUUCAGAGAAGAAAUCAGAAGAGAGAGAAAGGAGGUUUCUGUGUAUUUCUGUUAUUUUUCUGGGUUUCUAGAAGCAGAUCCAUCUAAGAAGUUUGAGAAGAUCUGCUACAGCCAACACUAUCUUUUUUAAUUGUACCAUUAGAUUGUUGUCUACAGGAAAAAACACACAGGCUUGAUGCAGGGGCAGAGGAGUGCCAUAGGUUCCCUACCUGAUUCAAUAAACUUUGAUUAUGGGUCCCCGUCAAGCAAUGUGGGUAUGGAUCAGCAAAUUUGCUGGAAUAAUAUCCGGAAUCCCCCUGAAAAUAGGGUGUCUGAUCUUAGGAUUUCAGCUACCAAUUCUGAUAACAUGGGUGGUGUUAGUCAAGAAGGGACAGGCCUGAGUAGAUGGACUAUUGGUGAACAAAGUUCUAGUAUUAACCAGAACGUGGUUAGCUGUGAUGAUCAAUUAACUCAAAGUGGAUGGUCCACUUCAAUGAAUGGAUCUGUGGGUAUUGCGUUGAGGUUAGAAGAGCAGAGAUAUGAUCCUGCAAAUUUUGUCUCACAAAACGGUGUCAAUUUGAACAUUAGCAGCAACCAGGUUGUUAUUGGGCCCUCGUUUGUGCAAAGCUCCGACCCAAAUUCUGGUUCUCAAAGGCAGGAUUUUAGUGAUAGAAAUUUUCUUAGAGUUGGUGAUGUUAUGGACUGUCCUAAUUCCUCAAAAUCUAAUGGCUCUAGGGGCAAAUUUCUUCCUUCUACUAGUAGUUCUGAUCCCUUUGCUUCGUCUGGAAGUGGUGGUUUACUUGUUGAAGAGGAUGAAUGCAGGCGUGGUUGCUUGAUGGAUGGCCGUCGUCUUUCGUGUAAGAGAAAAACCCUUGAAGGAAAUGCUGGACAGUCUUCUAGUAGUGGAAAUUGCUUUUCCCAGGCAGAGAGCAGCUCGUGGCAUGCAGUUCCUCCUCGAUAUGAUGCUAGUGGAAGUGUUAAUGCACCUUUACCAUCAGUAGGCUCUCCUAACAUUAGUGCAACAGAACAAGUCAAUUCAAGACUCGGACUUGGGAUGGGUGGAGGAGUUCCGGCUGACAUUUUCCGUCCUGUAAGUUUGCCUGCAGGCUCAGAAAUCUCUCAGAGGAGUUAUCGUUUGAGGAUGAAUCCUUCAAUACAGCAAGAUUCUUUGCCAAAUAAUUCGUUUUCAUUAGCACCUAAUAGUGGUGAUCGGCGACCUGAUAUUCCAUCAGCCCAUCAACCAUUAGGAAUUUUGCCUUUGAAUCCCCCUAUUGACUUGAUGUCUCCAAUCCUACCGGAAAGUUCAAUCCCACAAAGUCAAUCUGUUAUGUUGCGUGUAUCUGCUCUUCAGCGGAAUUCACAAGUUCAGAGGUGGAACGGAUCUCCUAAUUUAAGGCCUGGAAGUUCAUCCAGUCCUGUCAUUCCUGGCGAUAGGGAUGCUAUGUUGCCUGAAGAUUUGAACUCUAGAAACAUUCCAAGGAAUAUUGCUGAACAUCCAAUGUUUGUCCCUCCUGCAGAGACAAGAAAUUCUGCUCAAAGUCCAACAAAUUGGAAUGUGAGGAGUGGAAAUGUUGGUAUCUCUAGAAACAUUCCAUCAAGUUCUCGCACUGGGUCAGUUUCAGCUUCAGCUUCACACACUGCACUUGGACCUAGUUGGGCCCCUCACCGUCAUUCUCCAGCACAGUAUUCCCGUCGGUUGUCGGAAUAUGUUCGUAGAUCAUUGUUAUCUACGAUAGGGCCUGAAAUGGCUGGCCACAGCAGUAGUAAUAACCAACUUCGUUCAGGUCCAGGUAACUCACCUGACGGAAUACUUCCAUCUAUGGGUGCGAACCAGGGACAUAAUCAGUCACAUUCUAGGUCAGCAUUGUGGACCGAGAGGCAAGGUGAUGGUGCUCUUGGCACUCCCAAUUCUUUGCGAGCAUUAGCAGCUGCUGGUGAAGGAAGAAGCCGCCUUGUAUCUGAGCUUCGCAAUGUCUUGGAUAUGAUGCGUAGAGGUGAAGGAUUACGUUUUGAGGAUGUAAUGCUCCUUGAUCAUUCAGUCUUAUUUGGAAUGGCCGAUAUUCAUGAUCAACAUAGGGACAUGCGGCUUGAUGUUGAUAACAUGUCUUAUGAGGAGCUGUUGGCUUUGGAAGAGCGAAUUGGUAACGUCUGCACCGGACUAAGCGUGGAGAAAAUAUUGAGCAGUAUGAAGCAGUGCAAGUACAUACAUACUAUGAGUGACGAUCAUAUUGAGUCGGAGCCUUGCUGUAUAUGUCAGGAAGAGUAUACCGACGGAGAGGACAUCGGAACACUGGAUUGUGGACAUGAUUUCCACAGAGAGUGUAUCAAACAGUGGUUGACACACAAGAAUUUGUGCCCCAUUUGUAAAACAACAGGCUUAGCUACAUAAGUUAAGAAAAGGCGACAUUUAAAGUGUAUUUAAAUUUGAAGUAACUGUUUCCAAAGGGAACACAAGAGUGGAAAAAAGGGUUGUGUUUCAUCUCAGUUCAGAAAGAAAUGGUUGGGUGUAUUAAAAUGUAUGUUACUUUUAAUACUUUGGUAGCAUGAAUCUUUUGAUCGGCUAUAGAAUUUCCAUCAUAUAUUAUUACAAUUUUUUUGAAA